UAUAUAUAUAUAUAUAUAUAUAUAUUAUACUAUUAAAGUAUUAUUAAAUAGAUAAAAAAGAAAAAUAUAGCAAAAAUUUUAUUUUAAUAUAACAAGUCAGCACUUAUUCUGUGGCCCAUAACCAGACUAGAUUAAGGGGGAUCCAGGUUCGCAAUCGUAUCAUUUUUUAAUACCAGUUUUUUCUUGAAAGAAGGUAAGAUUCUUCCACGGGCAAUAAAAGUUUUAACCGACUCUGAAAGCCGUAACAGAGGUACGAGUGAGGUGGUGCAUAGAUUGAGUGGCAAAUACAAUAAAUUAGCUGGCAAUUAGCAAUUGGCACUUGGCAUCCCUUAAUAUUUAGCGUCCGUGCGCACUGGCCACCACUCUAACCCUCUCUAUUCACAGCUCACAUUCACAGACACUGACACACACAUGACUCAUUUUCCAUCUCUAUUAUUAUUCCUCUUCCCAUUCUCCACUUAAUUCCAACCUGUUUCCUACUUGCUUUUCUACACCUUCUUCUUUCCUCUCUCAUCCUCGUACCAAUUACCAAAUGCUUGUUUAAAUACCCAGAAUUAUAAAAUUUACCAUUCAUACACCAAUAUACCAUGGAUCCUUGUCAGUUCUUCAGGAUUGCGAUCGGGAAUUUGGGGAUCAAAUUCUCUACAACCAACUUAAACUGCUCGUCUUUGUGUUAUUGUAAGAUUAAAAUUAAGGGUUUUCAAGAACAGACCGGUACGGUGCCUGUAAUCCCUCUGGAUGGUUCGCAUCCUGAGGGACAAGUACAUACUAUGUCAGCCUGUUUUAAUCUGACUAAGUCGGAUUUGGAAUGCUUAAUAAAUUCCAGAUCAACUCCUUCAAGAAAGUAUGAUGGUGGUGGAAAUUACAGGUUGGAUCUUAAGAUAGAUGUGUAUACUGAUAAGUUUCCUAAUGGGUGUGGGUUUGGAUCAUCGGCGAAGUUUUUGGGUACGGUUUUGGUUCCUUUGGAGUUAAGUCAACAAGUUCUUGAAGGGAAAACGAGUACAAUGAUGCAAAAUGGGUGGGUUUUAGUAAGGGAGAAAAAGAAAAAUGGAUUAAACCCACAACUUUAUGUGAGUGUUAAAGCUCAACCCGAUCCGAGAUUUGUUUUUGAAUUUGAUGGUGAACCCGAAUGCGGUCCUCAAGUUUUUCAAGUUCAGGGGAAUAUUAAACAGCCUGUUUUUACUUGCAAGUUCAGUUUCAGGAAUUCUGGUGACUACAAUAAUUUGAGAUCAAGUUCAGCAAUGUCAGAGCCAAGCACAUCAAGAAACUGGCUAAGCACACUCAUAACUGACAAGGAUCAUAUCCACCAGCAACAAGUAAAAGAGCGUAAAGGAUGGUCCAUUACAGUCCAUGAUCUUUCGGGGUCCCCAGUUGCUGCCGCCUCGAUGGUAACCCCAUUUGUCCCUUCUCAAGGGUCAGACCGAGUCAGUAAAUCGAACCCAGGCGCAUGGCUAAUAUUACGCCCAGGUGAAGGCACUUGGAAACCAUGGGGCCGACUUGAGGCUUGGAGAGAACGGGCUGGGGCUGGGUCUGACGGGCUUGGACACAGGUUUGAGCUUCUCCCUGAUGCAGGCCCGAUCGCAUCUGCUAUGGGUCCUGCUGGGGUUACCCUAGCCCAAUCUUCAAUCCCAACACGACCUGGUGGAAAGUUCAACAUCGAUAUAACAACGGGCCCAUCCCCUACCGGUAGCCCAAACAGCAGUUAUGACUUUGGAUCAUGGACAGGUUCAGGCUCAACUUCUUCAUCCGGGUCAGAAGUCGGGCUGGGAUCAGGCUGGUGGCCGGGGUUGCUUUACAAGGGAUUUGUGAUGUCCUCAACAGUAGGAGGAGAAGGAAAAGGUAACAAGCCAGUAGUAGAAGUUGGCGCACAGCAUGUUACAUGUACAGAGGAUGCAGCAGCAUUUGUGGCCUUAGCUGCAGCAAUGGAUUUGAGUAUGGAUGCAUGUAGGCCAUUCUCUCAAAAGCUAAGGAAAGAGCUAAGACAACAGAGUGGAGAAUUUGUCGUUUAAUAUUGUUAGCUUUGUCGUUUUGCUUGCAGAUGAGGCGGAUUCUGCAACUGUUGUGGUGCUCAUUACUACUCUGUACUCAUCUGUAUUUUUGUGGUUAAAAAUAGAGUUUGUAGGUAACGGCUUUUCUUCUAUGUACAGUUGAAAUUUCCCACAUUUUUUAGCAUCUUAUCUUAUGAAUUCAAAAUUGCAAAAAGUUGGUAUAUAUUGUUAAUAUUUUAUUUGCUUCGGUAUAUUGUACUCCUACAAAUUAUAGUAAUUGUUUUGGGCAUA